GAAACUAAAAGUUAACCUGGCUGUUGAAGUCUUUAAGUAGUGAACGCUAUCGGGACCAGCUGGUGGCGGUAAUGCACCAAUUAGAUGUGUGCCAACCUCAAGUAUGCAUCAAGAAGAAGACGCAGAAGAAGACGCUCUUCCGCCUGCUGUUGUGGUUGUGAUUCCCGUCGUCUGGUCUACCUGGAUAAGGUGAGGCUGCUGGGAUCAGAAAGAUCAAACACCAUGGCUAAAGUGAGCAUAGAAACGAGACACAAGGUGGUGAGCCUGCGCCAGCAAGGUCUCUCACAGGCGGAAAUCUCGCGGCAGACAGGUGUUUCCAAACGUGCUGUCCAAGCUCUUCUGCAGAAGCACAAAAAAACGGGCACGGUUGAAGAUCAGAAACGCAGCGGCCGACCGAGGAAACUAAGUAAAGCGGACGAAAGACUCAUUAAGCUGACUUUCCUGGAGAAUCGGACCAUGUCCAGUAGCGCCAUCACCUCAGAGCUGGCGGUGACCAGCGGCACCCUGGUGGACCCAUCCACCGUGCGGAGAUGUUUGGCCAGGAGCGGUCUUAAUGGGAGGAGAGGGAGCAAAAAGCAGCUCCAGAUGUGUGAAUCGAGCGAAGACAAGACACUUUCAGGUGAACAGAAACAGGAGGACUUGGAUGUCAACAAACUGAAGCAAGAGGAGAAGGAGGAGGAACAAGGGGAGCAGAGGGCACAAGGGGAGCAGGAGAAGCAGGGGGAACAAAAGGUGUGGACUGGAGAUUCAGCAGAUGAGAGAUCUUACUCCAACUCGGAGGGUGGAGACAGCCACAGCGACGAGAGGCUUUAGGCAGCCUGUGAAGCAUGCUGGGACUGCAUUUCUGCAACUGUUGUUGAGUUUUUUGUCUGAAUGUGUGAAUUCCUUAAAGAUACAUCAUGGGGGGAAUUCAAAUUAUUUACUUUUACAUAUGUUUUUUAUUUGGUUACACAUUACCGUUUGGUUUACUUCUUUCUAUUUAGUCACUUUGUUAGUGUCUGUUUGCCUACAUUAUUGUGAUCAGCCAAAGAUCUCCUUUGUCUUUUGUCUGCUUUGUCAACUUUGGGCACUUUGUUAUGUCACUUUAUCUUAUCUUGGCCUUAAAAAAAGUCAAGUUGUUUAAUUUUAUGUUGUAUUUAGUUUAGUUUUUGAUCUUUUUGUAAAUUGUUUUUCACAUUUUGGGGGUAGAGUAAAACUUACAUGUGCCCUUCACGCUGCAUAAGCAGAAAAGAAAUCCGGUGCAUGUCCUCAAACGAUGUCACUUGAGUCUGCAUGGGACAGGCGGAAGAAUGGAAGUUUCAAAAUAAACAAGGAAGUUAGAGAAGCGUAAGCUUGUUAGGCAUAUUCUUAUAGUAAUCAGCAGACUGGGGAUAUAUGCUUGAACCUAAAUUAGCUGAUAAAAGCAGAAUGUUUAAAAAAUUCUUCAUUUUGACAUGAUGGCAUCAAACAGUCGCUGCAGAUUUGUCUGCUGCACAUCCAUGAUGUGAAUCUCCUGUUCCACCACAUCCCAAAGAUUCUCCAUUGGGCUGAUACCUGGUGAUUUAGGUACUCGGUCAUGUUUAAGGAACCAGUUUGAGAUGAUUUGAGCCAUCAGAGAAUGGGUACAGUGUGGUCGUAUAAGGAUGGAUGUGGUCAGCAGCCAUACUCAGUUUUCUAUUGUCCAGUUUUGGUUUGGUGACAGAAGAGUCUUCUGCUGCUGUAGCCCAUCUGCUUCUAAGUUGGACCUGUUGUGCAUUUAAAGAUGCUCUCCUGCAUACCUUGGUUGUAAUGAGUGGUUAUUUGAGUUACUGUUACCUUCCUAUGAGAUCAAAGCAGUCUAGCUAUUGUCUUCUGACCUCUGGCAUCAACAAGGUGUUUUCACCAUGAAUGGACAUUUUCUGUUUUUCUGACCAUUUUCUGUAAACCUGAGAGAUGCAUGAGUGGGAAAGUACCAUCAGGUCAGUAGUUUCCGAAAUGGUCAGACCAGCCUGUCUGGCACCAACAACAUUCAAAGUCAUUUAAAUCGGUCUCCCUUCUGAUGCCCAGUUUGAACUUUUGCAGGUUGUGCACCUGCCUAAAUGCAUGGCGUUGCUGCAAUAUGAUUGGCUAAUUAGACGUGUGUUAAAAGUGCUGAGCAGGUGUACCUAAUAAACUGACCUGUUAGCAUAUGUUGAUCUAGCUUUCUUAAAUAUAUAUAUAUAUAUAUAUAUUUUUUUUACAAUAUGAAACUUUUAUGUGAGAUUAAAAAUCUCACUUUAAUUAAUAAUAAUAAUGAGCCAGCUGUCGUCAAUUUGGACUUUAAAAAAUCAAAUUGUUAAAAAAAAGUAAAUUUAAACUUACUCAAAAAAAAACAACUAACUUUACCAGUUAGCCUGUCAAUGAAUAUCUACAUUUUUAUCUAAACAAGUUCCAAUAGGGAACUGUAGGGAGGAUUUUCUAUAUUUAUGUGAUUUUUGUUGACCACAAAUCGAGGAAUGACUUUACAGAAGCUGGUCACAGAUGACUAAACAAAAAGGACCACCUCAUCAUCUGUUUCAUAAAGGAGGAAAGAGAGAAACAAAACAACUGCUAAAGCCACAAAACAAGCUGACCAAUAUGCAAACAACAGUAUGCUAAAUAUUUGUUUUCUGUGUUGUAGCAGUUUAAACAUUUGCCUAACAAGCCUCCCCUCCUGGGAGGACACACAAAUCCCCUGGGGGUUGCAUCUGGAAGGGCAUCUGGCGUAAAAAUCAGCCAAAUUAAAUACUGCAGAGGUUCCUGCUGUGGUGACUGUUUGUGAAUAAUUUGUUUUUGUUUGGAAUAAUUUUUUUGUUUGUUUUUCAAAUGAUCAUUGUA